AUGGAAUCUUCUGCAUGGACUCCCCAUGAAGAUGAAUUGCUUCGAACUGCUAUAGGCUGCCAUGGGGUACGCCGAUGGGACUUCAUUGCUGCGAUAAUCCCAAAUCGAUCCGAAGCCGCGUGUUCGAAGCGCUGGGAAGAGCUCCAGAAUCGGUCGACCCCGUUGAACCGACGGUCGUGGCGGGCAUUAGAAGACAAAGCGUUACGUUCCACGCAAUGCCGUGAUCGAUGGUGUAACCAAUUAGACCCUUCUAUUAACCGCGGAGCUUGGACAGCUACAGAAGACGCAACUUUGGCAACCUUGCAGAGAAACUUUGGAAAUGCGUGGUCGCGGAUUGCUGCUAGUUUGCCUGGACGCACGGACAACGCUGUCAAGAAUCGGUGGAACUCGGCUCAGUUUCGUACUCGCAAUCGUGGAAUGGAGACUGUGGACGCAGCCAAAUUCCAAGAUAGCUCGGCGCUGUCACCCCCGCAAGAAGUGCUUGAAAUCGACGAAGAGGAUUUAGCGAAUAUAGAGGCCUCAACGAAGGUGAACGUUGGGACUUCUGGGGUUUUAUCGCUGAAAUUCUGA